AUGAAAGGAAGGCAUGUUCCUCAGCGAUGACGUUGGUACAAAGAAAAAUGACACGAUGGCCUUGGACAUGCAUGUCGUGCAUACUGCAUAUGCAAUAUCAUCGUGGCACAGCGUUUAUAUCUAUUCUUUUGCAAAUGUCUAUGAUAAGCGACGCUAUCCAACGUACAAACCAUUACCAGCAGCGCCGCGCGUAUAUAAACUUUUUUCCUCGAUGAACUACCGAACAACUGUGCUCACUGCUUGGACACACAAAUUUUAAAUUUGUGACAUAUCUGUUUGCUGCCAAACGGCAAACACCGUAUCGACCGACCGACAUAGUUAUUCAAUAUGGUUUUAGCCAAAAACCUGAAGAGGUUUUUUAUUAACACCUUCAUCGUCCUGUGCGUCAUCCUGUUCAUUCCAGGGCUCCCACCUUACAGUAAAUUGGAGCCUUUCUCGCCUACUCCACCUUUAGCAUUUGAAGGAGCGCUUGAUCCGAAAGACUAUGCCCUUGCCAAAGCCGAAAAAUUGUUUGACGGAGAAAUUGUGGGACCAGAAAGUCUGGAAGUAUCGCCCAUUGAUCCAAAUGUUUUUUAUGCCACUCUUCAUGGAGGAUCAAUUAUAAAGAUAUUUGGAAACGGCACGCAAAUGAAAACAGUUGCUAAGUUGGGUCAUAAAUGUUCCGGGAGUUGGGAUGUCAACAACUGCGGACGUCCUCUAGGGAUUCGUUUCGAUAGAGAUGGUUAUCUCAUCGUUGCAGAUUCUUAUUUGGGCAUUUACAAAGUUGACUGUGAGUCUUCAGGACAAGUUUCAAAUCUUGUGCAUAAACAUGCAGUAAUAGAGGGUAAAGUGGCAAGGAUUUUUAAUGGAGUGGCCCCUGCUAAGGAUGGAAGGAUUUACUAUACUGUGACUAGUACAAACUAUCCUUUCGACGAAGCUUUGGGCGAAAUGCUUGGUGCCCCGUCUGGACGUCUUAUGGUCUUCAAUCCGGAAACGAAUGAAAAUAAAGUUCUGCAGGAGAACAUUCACUUCGCAAACGGUAUACUGCUGUCUCCGGAAGAAGAUUAUGUGAUCUAUGCAGAAUGUUUUCGAUUCAGACUGCACAAGUAUUUCAUUAGGGGUCCUAAAACAGGAACUACUGAGAUAUUUUUGGAUGGUCUUCCCGGAACCCCAGAUAAUCUUAAUUUGAGUCCUGAAGGGAAUAUUUUGAUCGCACUAGUUAGUGUUCGUCUUCCCGGUGAAUUUGACCCACUGGAAUUAUUGUUUAAUCAUCCAUGGUUGAGAAAACUCGCGAUACGAAUAAUGCAUCUUGCGAAAUUCCCGUUUGAUGUGGUAUCAAAAUUCUACGAUUUUCCUCUUUUUCGGCAGAUUGGAUCUCAUGUCAUGAGUUUAAACCUAUUGGUGCCUGUUUUACCCCCGUACUCAAUUAUCGUUGAAGCAGAUUGGGAGGGGAAGAUUGUAAAUUCUUGGCAUUCCAAUUCUGCAGACCAGCGUUUAUUUAGUGACGCCAAGAUUGUCAAUGGUUACAUGUACCUAGGAUCUCCUUUUAACGAUUUCCUUGCUCGAAUCAAGAUGCCAAGUUCGACUCAAAUAACUAAACAUUUGAAAAUGUGAACUUGGUUCCGUUGCCAGAUUUUCUUUCCCUCAUCACAAAUAUUCGCAGCAAACAAACGACUAUGCCAGAAAUGUUUUCAUUAAGCCGAGAUUUUUUUUUUUGUUAAGUUAUGUAACCGGUUGUAACCCAUUUGUUGGUGGUGUUUUAUUUUAUUUUUCUCCGAUCUCUUUCUUUAAAACUGUCAACUUCGUUGCUGUCAAUUAAAAUGUAAACUGCAGUUCAGAA